AUGAUCACCGCCUACAAUGCUCCCUUGAGUGUGUACACACCGUUGCGUCUUCCUGGUGUCUCACAACCUGGCGACAAUGUUUGUCUGGGUAAGGAGUGGUACCGAUUCCCUUCUUCAUACCAUCUUCCUGCUGGCGUUAGCGCCAAGUUCGUCAAGAGCGAGUUCAAUGGUCUGCUCCCAGGCGACUUCAGUCAGGCUGACAGUGGCUUUGGUCUGUAUCCCGGCGCAUGGCUCAUCCCGAGCGGAAUGAAUGACGAGAAUAGAGAGGAUCCUAGCAAAUAUGUAAGUUGGCUCCUCGACAAGUUGCCAAUAUAUGCUAAUUACUUCUAG